CUUCGCUCGGAGAUAUUCACUGCGGCCCGAUGCGGAGACCCAGAGAAAGUUAAAAAGGGUGUUUGGGAAGACAAUGUCGAUGCAGCCGGUGGCGAAGUAAGGAAAGGCUCGGAGGAUUUCUUGCAGUCUCUUCCUGAAGACAAAUCGGAGACACUAAUGCAUAUCGCUGCGAAGAAUGGGGAUGCUGACUUGAUAGAGUGGCUUGACACCCAUGGUGCUGAGGCCGGAGAACGUGACUCUAACGGCUUCACCGCCUUCCACGUAGCCUUGCAGCGUGGCCAUAUCGAUGUUAUCAAGUAUUUCUUUACGACAUAUCAUCCCCAUGACGCGGAUCACGACGAGGUCUAUGCUCGUCCUCAAUCAAAGUCACUGCUGCGUCUCGCGGUCGACUCUUCAGCACCCGAGGCUGUCUGGAUGAUUCUGGACAAGGAACUAGCGACUGAAGAGGAAAGGAGUGAUGCGUGGCGAUACACGAUGUCUGACGCAGGAAAGACUGCUACCUUUGGUCCUCCCUCUAGGCAAGAUCCGGGAAAACACGACGAGAUCCGCAAUCUCUUGAAGACCUUC